AUGGCUCAGAAUAAUGUCGUCUACGGAAACUAUAUCGCGGCACAAGGCCGGUAUCUUUCCGUCACCAAUCUCUGGCUUCCUCUGGCGGCCGAUUUCGACUUCAAAGCCCACCUCACCCCUCCUCUCGACAUCUACCCCGAUCACUCCGUCUCCUAUACCUUAAACGAACGGAACGCGUGGAACUGUCAGGUGGAGAUGCACAACGUCACCAGCCGCAACGCCACUUUCAGUUAUUACCACGCGGCAUGUUCGAACAGUCUUGUUCUUGGUCAAGACGUGGGUGCGCAUCUUCGGGCAUUUUACGCAUAUACAACCGACGAAAUGGACGAUUUCGUCGAAUCGCCCAAUAUAUGCGCUAUUACGGGUCCGCUUCCCACCUACCUCCAGGUGUACAUCGAGAAGGCGCGAAACCAGAAGGCGCGCGUAGAGGAGGCGGGGAAAGGGGCACGCGACUUGGAGCGCGCGUCGAAAGACAAGGAGAAGUCGCUUCCUCCUUUGGCGGGAUGUCUGCAACGGAGUACCGCCGCUUUUUCGGUCACCACACGAGCCUCCCAAGAGAUUCCUCAUCUCUUCCUGUGUUCGAUGGCCGAGAAGAUUCCUAUUCCUCUACAUUGCUUCACUGAUAAGUUUCUGAAGAAGAUAAACGGCGCACCACGGGCCAUCGACACAAAACAAGUCCGUUCGAUUCGUUGCGAGGGCGAGAAGGUCACGGUAGUCGACGACAAGAAACUCGAGGAGAAGGAGGGAGGUGACGCUUCGCACGAGCGUCUCUCGCUUUACGAAUGGUCCCAGGCGAUGCGAAACCUUGUGAAAGCGCUUGCAUUCCUCUGCAGCCCCGAUUCCACCUCGCUGCCAGAACAGGAUUCGACCACAUACGCGACGGAGAUGGCCAAACACCUCGCUUUCGUCGAAAACCUGCAGCAAUUUGAGGCCGGAUACUCCACCUGGUACUCUCAAGAACGUGAAUUGUGUCUUCUUCUGCUCAGUGGCGCUGCAUUUGAGCAGACACAAUAG